GUUUCAUAAUAAUAAUGGAGGACUUUUGAAUAAACAAAGUCAGUCCAUCGAUCCACCACUACCAAUCAUCACCACCGCUGCUUCUCUCUCCUCAAUUACUCAGAAGCCGAUCGGAAAACACCACCCUCAAUCGCCGGAAUUUCUCCUCCACCAAUCAAUUACUCAAAUCCAUGGCGAAAUUAAAGAUCUAACCGGCCGCCGGAGCCGGCGAAUUCCCCGAUCCACCACCAGCCAUGGCGGCGGAGGCCGCCGUGACUUUCCUCCUGGAAAACGUCACCCAGCUUCUGAAAUCGUACGUCGACCUGAUCGCCGGCGCCGAGACUGAGCUGGAGCUCCUGAAAAGCGAUCUGAGUCUCCUAAAAGGUUUUCUUGUGGAGGCCGGAAAAAAGCAGCACAAGGAGGAGCCGUUUCGAGCUCUGGAGCGCCAAAUUAGGGAAGUCGUCUACGACGCCGAGGACACCAUUGACACGUGCUUGGCGGCGGCGGCGACGGCGGCGGCGUCGUCCAGGCCUAAGUUCGUGAGAGCUAUUACCAGUUCAAGGAGCCUCAACCUGGCUAAGGAGGUCAAAACCCUCAGAUUGAGCAAGGUCAAACCCAUGUUCGAUAAAGCUAAGGUCGACUUUGUCAAGAUGCAGAUCGGCGAUGGAUCGGCGGCGGAGGUUUUUGCGUCGCCGAGGGCACCUGGGAAGAUUCAGUUGAUCAGGCAAGACAACGUAGUAGGUUUUGAAGACGAGGAGGCAACAAUCAAGGGCUACCUCAAGAAAGAAACCGAGGAGCUCGACGUUGUGUCCAUUAUCGGGAUGCCAGGUUUGGGCAAGACGACGUUAGCAUGGAAGAUUUUCCACGAUAAGGCGAUCAAGUAUGAAUUCCCGACGCGCAUAUGGAUUUACGUAUCGCAGGACUUUAAUCGAAGAGAUGUCUUGCUCAAGAUCCUUAAAGGAUACACCGAUCUAGACAUGUCCGGGAACACCGAUCUCGACUUGGCUCAGGCUGUCCGAACCUACCUCGAACAAGGGAAAUUUUUGCUAGUGAUGGACGAUGUUUGGGACGUUCAAGCGUGGAAUGAUAUCAAGCCGGUUUUGCCCAAGGAAAGGAAGAAUAGCAAGGUUUUGAUAACGAGUCGGACAAAAAAUGUUGGAACUCAUGCUAAUCCUAGUAGAAAUCCGCACAAUCUACGGUUUCUCACCGAGGAUGAAAGUUGGGAUCUUUUGCAGUACGAAGUGUUUGGGAAGCUCAAUUGUUGCCCCGACGAGUUGAAAGGUAUCGGGAGGCUGAUUGCCAAGCAAUGCGAUGGACUACCGCUUGCGCUUGUGGUGAUCGGAGGUAUUCUCGUGGACUACACGUCGCAAGAAAUGAGCGCAAUCCAGAACGCAUGGAAUAAGGUGUCGGAUAAUGUGAGCAAUUAUGUGAAAAACUACGACAAGGAGGAUCGGAUAGCGAAAAUUGUGGCAUUGAGUUACAAGAAGUUGUCGGAAGAGCUGAAGAACUGUUUUCUUUACUUGGGGAUGUUCCCGGAAGACCACGAAAUCUCCGCCUGGACGCUGACGCGGCUGUGGAUUGCCGAGGGAUUCGUUCAGCAUAAGGACGGUGAGAGCCUCGAGGAAACGGCGGAGGGGAUUUUAAACGAUCUGAUAAACCGGAACUUGGUGAUGGCUGAGAAAAUGAAUUCCGUGGGCGGAGUAAAAACUUGCCGGGUACAUGAUGUGAUCCGAGAGUUUUGUAACUCGAAGGCUGGAUUCGACGAUCUGAAUCUGUUCCAAGAAAUAAAAAUGUCGAAGGAAGGUGUCUUUGAUCCUCCGGUUUCGGACCUCGCCAAGUAUCGCCGCCUCUGUAUACAUUUCCACAUCCCCAAGUUCCUCGCACAGAAACAGCUCAAGGGCCCGAAAGUUCGAUCUUUUUUGUGCUGCAACAAAGCGCCGUUCUUGUUGGAGCCGCAAUACAUUACGAAGAUACCCGAAGCCUUCAAUUUACUCCGAGUUUUAGAGUCGAAGUCGUUCAAAUUCAAUACGUUUCCUGCGAGAGUUCCGAAGCUGAUACACUUGAGGUACGUCACGUUAUCGUUCGAAAAUGUCGACAUCAUCCCCGACUCGAUUGCAGAUUUAUGGAACCUACAGACACUUCUCAUCGACACAAAGUCGCGUACGCUUGAAAUCCGAGCGAAUCUAUGGAAGCUGAUGCAGCUUAGGCACUUAAAGACUAAAGCUGCGAUUCUUCUUACGGCGCGCAGCUAUGCUGAUCAGGCUUGCGAGAAUCUCCAAACGCUGACUCACUUGUCGCCCGAGUUUUGCACGACGGAGGUUUUCAAAAGGGUGCGCAACGUAAAGAGAUUGGGGAUUCGCGGGAAACUAACGACGCUAUUGGAAGGGAACUACUCAUUGGGUACAUUAGAUCGUCUCGAAAAUUUGAAGUUGGUGAAUGAUUUGGCUUAUGGCGCGGCAUCCGAAAAUCCGAUGCCGGCUCUUCCGCAGCCGAGCUUUUUCCCAGUAGGCCUCAAGAGGCUAACGUUAUCGGCCACGUAUUUGGACUGGCGUUGCAUGCCGACGUUGGGAAAGAUCGUUUCUUUGCAGGUUCUCAAGUUGAAAGAUAACGCCUUCACGGGUCGUUUGUGGGAUGCCGAGGGCCAUGGAUUCCGCGGGCUUCAUUUCUUACUAAUAGCGAAUUCGGAUCUUGUUUUUUGGCGAGCCUCGGCUGGGGACUUCCCGGUUCUUCGGUCUCUUGUGAUAAAAAACUGCGAAAAACUCGCUGAAAUUCCGGAGGUGAUUGAGGAUAGCCUCAAGAAGUUGAGUCUAGAUGUCGUCGGGAAAUCAGCCGUCGAGCGCGCCAAGAAAAUUAAGGAAGCGAAACAGCCGAUGCAUGGACAACAGCAAGCCAGGUGGAGUGGAUUCGAGCUUAAAUUAGGCCCCGGUUGCGAGUGAGAUGAAUCGAGACAAAGACCGAGAGGACCAAAUGGACGAGGUUAUGGCGCGACUGCAGUUGAUUUUUAAAGUGUCCCAUGUUUUUUAUGUGUCAUUGUUGUCUUGAAUAAAUUUUCACGGUACUUUGAGCUAUUUUUGACUUUCAUGUUGAGACGACGACGAUGCCUAAUAUGAGCUUAAUUUUUUCGACAUAAAGCAACGGUCGACUUCAAGUUCGACAUAUGAGUGUAAUGAACCCGCCUUCUUCGGGAAGUGUCAUUCGAACUUAGGUUUGAGGUUUGGAUAUAAUAAGGAUUUAAAUUAAAAUAGUGUUUGAUAUGAUGUUUUAAAUGAUCCGAGAUGAUAAUUAAACCUUAUAAAAACAUACAAGCUUUUUGGACA